UCGAUGGAGGGAAGCGGGGUGGGGGGGCCAGAUGCCCCGCCAAGCCCCCUCUCGGGUGCUUAUCUCCUAAUUGUCAUCGGGGAGCCGCAUUCUUCACUGCAUCGUCAGCAAAUUCUCACCAAAGUCCAGAACGGGUUCCUUUCCUGGGACAAGGAGUCCUGCCAUGUGGAUCUUGAGAAGGAGUUGCAAACACUCGCCAGUCAGUCACCAGAUGGCGAAGAAUCAAAAAAUGGAGAACGGCUUAUCCAGUAUGCCAGUGAGAACCUGGUGACGGAAGUGCUGAUACAUCCGACCCUGAACACGCUGACUCAAUGUGUGCGAAAUCUGCUUUCAUCUUUCACACGCCACCGUCACAUCAUACAUGCCGGAUACACUUUCGCUGGCAAUGGAUCCUGGAUUGUGCAGGACGGCACAUUCUCACUGGCUGACCUGAUGGAUGCAUUCCAAGAGACAGAUGUUCUGCGUGUGCUGCGCGCCUAUGAGAACACAGUCUCUGUCGAUGUUCACUGUGCGCCUGAAGCCGAUUGGAGCACGGCGCGCAUGCGCAGAGAGUCGUUCAGCAAAUUGUGCUGUGUGCGCAUUAAUCCAGAGCCGAGUCUGGCGCCAGCCAAAAACGUUGAUGAGUUCAUGGCGUUUGUUGGGCGCCAUUUGUUGGAGGCUGACUUGGAGCAGCUGUUGGAGCCUUCAGAUGUGGUUGGCAACAUCCGGUUCAGCCACCCGACGCUGUACGUGUUUCCGGGCGGUCAGGGUGAUGCGGCAGCUUGCUUCUGGGACUUCACACGACAUCUGGACAGGUUGGACGCCGUCCUCGUCACACGCCUCAACAACGCCAACUGUCUCGGCAUCGCCGCCGUGCUACGUCGCAAGCGCCACGCCCAUGUCUAUCCGCAGAUAGGUCACUUCUUCUGCAAUCUACAGGAAAGACGCCAACAACAAUCACCAGAUUGUGAGAAAGAGGGUGACUCACUGCUAGUGAACUUAGCUGAUAUCGGACAAGAGAUGGUGGUCAACUGUCGUCAGCUGCAGCUGAAGCCACACGUCUGUCAUCGCGAUGUGAACAUUGAACCCAUCAACCUCUAUCAUAAAGUCGGCCAUGGAAAACUGGACAUGUAUGUCAUAAGUCCUGCAAAGGACAGUCGGGACCUCAAAGAGUUCCUGGCCAAAUGGCAUGCCAACGACCAGGCAUUGUUCUCUGGUUUGUCCAAGAAAAAAGGAGAAUUCCAGUUUCCAUUGCAUAACCUUGUCUCAAUCUGUGCAAUGCUUGUUUGGCAACCUGCGAAUCCCAACGAAACAAUAACAAGGCUACUUUUUCCUGGUAGCACACCUCAGCAUAAGAUAUUUGAAGGUUUGGAGAAAUUGAAGCAUCUAGAAUUUUUGAAGCACUCAGUUUGCUCUGCUAAAACUUUGUCACCAUCAUCAUCAACAAUUGGCAUGACUACAAAAACAGCAUCCGGAACAGCAAAACCAAAACCAGCCUCUGCUGUAAUCGAUAAACUCCUGCCAGGCGAAGGUUUGAGCAAACCCACAUCAAGAACCAUCUCCACUGUAGAAUCUGUCAACAAGCAGAAUAUUGCAAAAAGUGCUACAAUACCGGUUGCUGCACCAAUUCUGUCAGAAGGAAAACAGAAGGCGGCUGCUCAAAAGGCAGCAAAAAAGAUUGAAAAGCAAGCUACAGUGGACCGCCGCCCCUCAAAAGAAAAGACUGAACUCGAAAAGGAGAAGGAUGUGAUGGAUAAGAAGGAUGAUGAGGGAAAGGAUAAGGAGACUGAAAUUACUGAGACUGAUGCUAAAGUAGUAAGUGUGCCCUCAAAGCCGGCUGUGGAGAAACCAAUUGUGAAAGUAGAUGUUAAGAGUAAGGGGGAGGCAAAGAGUGGUGCAGCCAAGCCCGUAAAGAGCAAGAUUGAUUCCAGACCAAGUGUGGAGAGACCAAAGCCUGAAAGGAAACCAUCAAAGCAGCAAAGUGUGGAGAAGAAGACAGAUUCAGUCAAGUCUUCACCAACAACACCAAAGAAGACAAUUGAAUCAAAACCAAAAGUGACAGCUGCCAAGGCAACAAGCAGAACAAGAGCAUCACCAACUACCACGCCAGCAAAAAGUGCCAAAGAAGAGAACAACCGUAAAGUGGUUGAGUCAAAGAAAACUACUGCUGCUAAGCAAGCUACAGCUACCAAACCUCCCAAAAAGGAAGUUUCCAAAACUGAGAAACGACCUCCAAGGAAAUCACUUGCAGCUUCUCCAAGUAAAGCAGCACCAAAGACAGAUACUUCACCUAAAAAGGCAGUGUCAAGAGUUGGUCGUGGUAAAGGGAAGAAAGAGACAACCAAAAAAGACAAAAUUGAGCCAGAUAGAGCAAUUGUUACAGACUCUUCCACUGUAUCAACACCUUCAACUGCUGAUGUUGAAAUUCCUGCAUUAAAAGCGAGCAUUGGGGGUGUUGAGAAAUGUGUAGAUGGACCUGAAAAGAGUAUCACAACAGACAAGGGGGAAGUCAAAAGAGAUGUUGAAGUGAUCGAUGAUGCUGAAAAGCUGGAAGAUGAAGGCAUUGAGAAAGAUGUCGAAUCAACCGAUAAAGGUGAUAUGAGUGAUGAUGUAGAUUUGAAGGUGGUGAAAGAUGAAUUGGUGAUGGAGAAAUCUGCGGAUGGUGAAGAACUUGGAGAUGAGAAGUUUAUAAAAGAAACUGUAGGUGAUGUGAAAGAAGGUGUCAAUACUAUCAGUACUGAAAAAGAUGAGAGUGAAAGGGAUGAGGAGGAUGAAAUUCUUGUGAUUGAAAAAGUGGAGCUAGAUGGUUAUGAUAACUCUGCACAGGAACCAGAGAGCCUGGAGUCUCAUGGUGUAGAAGAAAUUGAAGAUGAGCUGCAAAAGCAUUUGAGAGAUGAAACAGAAUCUGAGAAGAAAUUAAAAAAGGAUGAUGAUUGUCUUCUGGAUGAACAAGACAAGAAAAAAGAUGCUCAAGUUGAAGAGGACAAGGAAUAUGAAGGAGCUGUUGUUGAUGGCUCUCUUGAAUAUGAAGAAGAAGAGGGAGACAAAGAGAAAAUUGUGAUUGGAGAUGAUGAAAAAGAGGAAAAUUCCAACAUUGGGGAGGGAAAGGGAAUAGGAGAGAUGAAACGGCCCACUCCUGAUAGUUUGAAUCUUAAAGAUCAGUCAGCCCAAUCAAUUGGUAUUCUAUCACCAGAAGAUAAAGAGAAAAUUGUAGAAGAAGUGCAAGGAAUUAUAAUUUCAGCUACUGAAUUUGUGACAAAAACAAAGCUGGAAGCAAAAGAUGUUCAAUCAGAUGAUCAGAGGUCCAGCGAGGUGAAAGGAUCUCAAGAAUCAGGCUCUGAUAAAAAUAUCCCUAAACCGGAUGACAAGAAAGAUGAUAGUGAUGAGAUGAGAGAGAAAUCAAAGGAUCAGGGAGACUCGAAGUAUGUUGCAGCUGAGGAGAGUCAGCCCGAUGAGAAGUUAUCUACAACUAUCGAAUCUGGAGCAACUACAGCACCCACACUCCCUGAAGAUGAGAGGAUCCCACUUGAUGAGAUCAAGGAAGGAAUUGAAGAGAAAUAUGUCAAGGAGGAAACAAAGGAGAAAGAUGUCAUAGAUACUUUGCAGAAUAAAGUGGAGCAACCAACAAGCCUGCCUCAAAUUGCUGUUGCAGGAAGUAGAGCAUUUGGAUCAAAAGCUCAGAUCCCACGUGAUAUUGUAAAAACACCUGAUGAAGUUGCUGAUCUUCCAGUGCAUGAGGAAGUUGAUGUUGAAAUGUAUAUGAGUGAAGAAUACACUAGUAAGGAAUCCCAACAAACUAAAGAUGACCUACUUGAUGUUUGUGCAAUCAAGAAAUCAACAGAUGUCAAAGGUAACAAAGAUUUGAACCUGCAUGAAGAUGAAGUUCUAGUGGACUCCAAUGUGGCUGAGGAAGAUGAAUGCAAAAAACUGGAGAUGACAGAGGAAGAACCAAUCGAAGAAGGUACAAAAGAAUUUCUGGAGACUUCAUCAAGAGUAACUGAAGAGACAAGAGUUGGUGACCUUAAAUCUCAAGAUAAGAAUUCAACUUUGGAGGAGCAGAUUAUCCAUUCCACAUUGAAAGCUCCAGAAGUACCAGAAUAUGUUAUGCUUUCACCUGAUUCUGCUCCUGAAUCACCUCUUCCAAAAGAUGAAACAAAAGGGAUUUUGAAAGAUUCAAAAAUAUAUAAAGAGACAGUUUGUGAAGAGAAAGAACUUGAUACUGCAGAGAAGGAUCUGCAUAAACUUGAAUCAGAUGUGAAAGGAAAGAAGAAGGAGCAAUUAGAUCCAUUGGAUGUGAAAGCAAGCAAUAUUCAAGUAGGAAUAUCAACUUCAAUAGGUAUUUUAGAUAUUGGAGAGAAAGAAAUACUUGUACAAGAGCCUGAUGUAUGUUCAAAAUCCAAAAGUCCAGAAUCAAGAACAUCUGAACUCGGAGGUGAACCAAUUGAAGAUGACAGAGAUGUUCUCAUUGAUAGACUGCUGAAAUCUGAUACAGUGACAAAGAAAGAAGAAUCCGAGCAAUACAAGGAACUAGAAAAGAUGAAAAUGAGUCCAACUGCUUCAUCAGAGUCAAAAACAAAUGAAAAUAAGUAUGAACAAAUAAAAUCCUCAGAAAAACAUGAUGACCUUGAUAAUAUGAUUCAAUCAGAGAAGAAAACUGAUUAUGAUCAACAAGAUCAAUCAAUUGUGAUGGAAGAGCAGAGAGCAGAAAAAGAGAAAGUUGACAUUGCUAAAUCAGUUAUUGAGGAGACAUCAUCAGAGCCAACCUCCAAAGAUCAGAAAGAGGCAUUGGAUAUCAAAUCGACAGUCUUAGAUGGAGAACUUUCCACAAAGUCACCAAGUCCUACUUCUUCUAUUUUGAAGUCAUCAAAAUCUGCAUCACCAGAACCCAUUGAGAAGGGUAUUCUUGAACCUUCUGAGAAAUGCACCAGCCCUUGCCCUUCAGAAUUAGCAGGCAAGACUGUAGCAUUUGGCAGUCCCACUCCAUUGGAGCUUGAAAGAUCUAGAACUGCUUCUCCAGAAGUUCAGAUCAAAGGUAGUGGAGAGGAGUCAUCUUUGAAAACAUCAAGUCCACCAUCAACUGGAGAGAGAGGACAGACAGUAACUACUAUUUCAGAGAUUGAAAAAGAGUUCCAAGACAACACCAAGAGUACUUUCCCAUCUGAGAACUUAGCAAUUCUAAUGUCUGCCACUUCAAAGCCUGGAGAUAUGGUCUGUCAACUCCCAAAAUCAGUCAGCCCAGUUCCAUUGGAGACAAUAUUAUCAAAAACUGACUCACCAGUGCCCACUGAUAUUUCAGGUGUGUCAAAGUCAAUGAGUCCAGCUCCAUCAGAAGCAAGAAUAUCAAAGCCUGGAUCUCCAGAUUUCAAAGAUAAGCAUGUUGCUAUAUCAACAACAUCAGCUCCAUUGGAAAAUGUACCAUCAAAGCCUGAAAUACCUGUUACUGCUGAUGUAUCAUCUGUAUUGAGCUCUGUGAGUUCAACUCCAUCAGAAGCUGGUACAUCAAAGCCUGGAUCUCCAGAUCAUAAAGAUGAGCUUGUAGCUAUUUCACCAACUCAAGCUCUCUCAGAGGAUGUUCCAUCUAAACCUAAAUCACAAGAUUUAAAAGAUGUAAUCAAAUCUGAAUUAUGCAGCCCAGCUCCAUUGAUGACAGAAGUAUGCAUGCCUGGAUCUCCAAGCCUGAUAGACAAAUCUGCAACAACAUCAGAUAGUUCAGCUCGAUCAGAUAUCAAAACAUCCAAACCUGAAUCGCCUGAUCUGAGAAAUGGAAAAGCAGCUGAAUUAGUGAGUCAAGUUCGGAUAGAUCCUAUAGCAAUGAAGCCAGGAUCUCCAGAGCCAAGAGAUCAAUCAGUAAUAGAGAAAGUCAGUCCAGCUCCAUCUGAACCUGAAGCAUCAGAAUCUGCAUCACCAGAGCCUACAGAUGUUCCAAAUACAGCUAAGGCAAUGAGUCCAGCACCAUCAGAACCUACAAGAUCGAAACCUGGAUCACCAGAGCCCACAGAUGUAUCAACUACAGCUAAGUCAUUGAGUCCAGCUCCAUCAGAACCAAAAACAUCAAAGCCUGUAUCUCCAGACCCUACAGAUGUAUCAACUACAGCUAAGUUAUCGAGUUCAGCUACAUCAGAACCAAAAACAUCAAAGCCAGUAUCACCAGAGCCAACAGAUUUCUCAACUACAGCGAAGUCAACAAGUCCAGCUCCAUCAGAACCAAAAACAUCAAAGCCUGUAUCUCCAGAGCCUACAGAUGUAUCAACUACAGCUAAGUCAUCGAGUUCAGCUACAUCAGAACCUGAAACAUUGAAGCCUGUAUCACCAGAGCCCACCGAUAUUCCAACUGGAGCUAAGUCAUUGAGUCCAGCUAAAACAUCAAAGCCUGUAUCACCAGAGCUCACCGAUAUUCCAACUACAGCUGAGUCAUUGAGUCCAGCUCCUUCAGAACCCAAAACAUCAAAGCCGGUAUCACCAGAGCCAACAGAUAUUUCAACUACAGCUAAGUCAUCAAGUGCAGCUGAAACAUCAAAGCCUGUAUCACCAGAGCCAACAGAUAUUUCAACUACAGCUAAGUCAUUGGGUCCAGCUACAUCAGAACCUGAAACAUCAAAGCCUGUAUCACCAGAGCCGACAGAUAUUUCAACUACAGCAAAGUCAUUGAGUCCAGCUCCAUCAGAACCUAAAACAUCAAAGCCUGUAUCACCAGAGCCGACAGAUAUUCCAACUACAGCUAAGUCAUUGAGUCCAGCUCCAUCAGAACCUAAAACAUCAAAGCCUGUAUCACCAGAUCCCACCAAUAUCCCAACUACAGCUAAGGCAAUGAGUCCAGCACCAUCAGAACCUACAAGAUCGAAACCUGGAUCACCAGAGCCAACAGAUGUUCCAGCAAAGUCAUUGAGUCCUGCUACAUCAGAGCUUAGAACAUCAAAGCCUGUAUCACCAGAGCCAACAGAUGUCUCAAUCACAGCAAAGUCAUUGAGUCCAGCUCCAUCAGAGUCUAGAACAUCAAAGCCUGUAUCACCAGAGCCAACAGAUGUCUCAAUCACAGCAAAGUCAUUGAGUCCAGCUCCAUCAGAGCCUAGAACAUCAAAGCCUGUAUCACCAGAGCCAACAGAUGUCUCAAUCACAGCAAAGUCAUUGAGUCAAGCUCCAUCAGAGCCAAAAACAUCAAAGCCUGUAUCACCAGAGCCAACAGAUGUCUCAAUCACAGCAAAGUCAUUGAGUCCAGCUCCAUCAGAGCCAAAAACAUCAAAGCCUGUAUCACCAGAGCCAACAGAUGUCUCAGUCACAGCAAGUCAUGUCUCAGUCACAGCAAAGUCAUUGAGUCCAGCUCCAUCAGAGCCUAUAACAUCAAAGCCUGUAUCACCAGAUCCAACAGAUGUCUCAAUCACAGCAAAGUCAUUGAGUCCAGCUCCAUCAGAGCCAAAAACAUCAAAGUCUGUAUCACCAGAGCCAACAGAGUUUCCAACUACAGCAAAGUCAAUGAGUCCUGCUCCAUCAGAGCCUGAAACAUCAAAGCCUGUAUCACCAGAGCCUACAGAUGUUACAACUAAAGCUAAGUCAUCGAGUCCAGCUACAUCAGAACUGAAAACAUCAAAGUCUGUAUCACCAGAGCCAACAGAUCUCCCAACUACAGCAAAGUCAAUGAGUCCUGCUCCAUCAGAGCCUGAAACAUCAAAGCCUGUAUCACCAGAGCCUACAGAUAUUACAACUCCAGCUAAGUCAUCGAGUCCAGCUACAUCAGAACCGAAAACAUCAAAGCCAGUAUCACCAGAGCCAACAGAUUUCUCAACUACAGCGAAGUCAAUGAGUCCAGCUCCAUCAGAACAUAAAACAUCAAAGCCUGUGUUACCAGAGCCCACAGAUGUCUCCACUGCAGCUAAGUCAUCAAGUCCAGCUCCAUCAGAAUUUAAAACAUCAAAACCUGUAUCGCCAGAGCCUACAGAUAUUACAACUACAGCAAAGUCAUCAAGUCCAGAUCUGUCAGAACCCAAAACAUCAAAAGCUGUAUCAUCAGAGCCUAUAGAUGCUUCAACUUCAGCAAAGUUAUCGAGUCCAGAGCCAUUAGAAUCAAAAACAUCAAAACUUGUAUCACCAGAACCUACUGAUGUUCUAACUACAGCAAAGUCAUCAAGUCCAGCUCCAUCAGAACCUAACACAUCUAAGCCUGGCUCUCCAGAUUUGGUGGAUGAGCUAGCUGCUAAAUCAUUCAGCCAUGAGGAGGCAUCAAAGUCCACAUAUCAAGGUCCAGUUGAUUCAUUACUCCUAGCAAAAUCAGAAUCAGUCAGUCCCUCUCCAGUUGAAAUCAAAACACCAAAAUCAAUCACUCCUGAGCCAAAUGGGAAUAGAUCAUCAUCAUCAUCUCUGCUUGACAGAGGAGAUGAGCCAAAAUUGGAACAAAUUGAACUCUUCCCUAAACAAAAUGAUUUGAUUGACUCAGCUGAUGAAAAGUCUCUGUUUCUGGAUGAGAAAAAUAGUGGUAUCAAUCAGGAAUCAGCAUCAAAAGUUCCAACAAGAUCCACAAGUCCUGAAUCUAUCAUUGGAGGUAAGCUUGAAUCCUUAGAAGAUAAUAAGGAAUCAAUAGCCUCAAAGAUAGAUGAAAUGUACAAGGAUAGUAAGGAAUCAGUAGUCUCAAAGAUGGAUGAAGUGUACAAGGGAAAAAACCCAAAUGAAUCAUCAAUGAUCUUGCAAGAUUUCUCAUCAGUGAUAUGUGGAUCACAAAUUAAUACUGGUGAAGUGUCAGAGAAUGAAACAGUUCCUCAAGUAUUGACGAAAGAUGAACAGGAGAUUUCAGGAUUUCCAGAGUGCAAGAGAGGUGAAAAGGAUUCAUCAGUUUCCAAUCUAUCUUCAAGUCCCACACCAAUUGAACUUAUAACUUCAAAAAUACUCGAAGGGAAGGCUCCAGCUGAUGAGAUAUUCUUUUCACAUGAUGAAUCAUCUAAAGAAUCAACUAAAAGUCUAGAUCUCAAUUCACAGUUUCAUGAUCAAUCAAGUAUGGAUUUGGCAGGUGGUUCUAUUCAGAAGUUAUCAUUGCACAAAGAGAUAGAAACUAAGAAAACUGGACUGUCAGAGUCAAGUUUGGACAGAGCUUUGUUGGAGAGUUCAGGUGAAAAAAGUAAUAGAAAUGAGACUGAAAAGGAGAUUGUAGAUUUAUCGUUGACUGGUAAGUCAAGCACUGCUUUUGAUAAAAUUUCCUCCAAAUCUGUGUCUCCAACAACUUUGGAAAUUGAAAACAAAAUUGGUCUUGGAGAUGACUAUAAUAAAAUCAAGCCUCUGACCUCUUCAACUUCUCAUACUCCUAGAUCCAUAUCUCCUCUCCCAAGGUAUGAGAUUGAUGGCAGAGCUGACCUUAUGGGAACAUCAGAUCACUUGAUGUCUUCUUCAGCUGUCGGAAAGGAUAUCUUCCUUAAAGAUACUAGAAUUGAUGAUAUUGAACCAUUCUCCACUGAUAAGACUGAUGUUAUCGAAUCAACAAUGGAACUCAUAGGUGAUACAGGAUCUUCGAAAAAUGGAAUUGAUGCUAGGGUAGAGGGUUUGGAAUCAAAUGCAUCAAUUAUUGAGUUUGGAAAAACUCCAAAAACAACAUUUCAGGAGACAAGUGCCAGUGAUUCACUUUUAUCAAUCAAGUCAGAUCAUUCAAGAUCUUCAUCACCUGCUUCAAGUUUGAAGGAAACAAUUGAUAAGAAAGAUUUACCCAGUGAUUCCAAAGUGAGCUCCAAAUCUGUGUCACCAGUCCCUUCUGAAGUUGAUUCAAAAAUGGAUGAAUGGAUGAAGUCAUUGGGUAGGAAGGAUCUGGACUCCAAGAUAUCAUCCACCAUUGGAUCAAAGACAGAAACCCCAAAAUCUAUUUCUCCUGUGCUCUCUGAUAAAUUUGACUUGAAAACAAUUUCAACUCCCCCACCAAGCCCUAAACUUCUUGAAUCAACUUCAAAUGUAAUUGCUGACCUUGAAUCCAAAGUUAGUCCUCCAAAAUCUCCUGAAUUAGGUGUUCCUCUGGGAUCAACAGUCAUGGACAGUCAGAAUAUAUUUGAGAAAGUCACAUCAAUGACAUCAAGCUCACCCACUCCUUGUGGAAUUUCUGGCUCUUCAACAUCAACUACAGCACCACCAUCAAAUCAAGUGAUUUCAUCUGUUAAUGGAUUUUCUAAUACACUUGAUUCUUUGACUGGCAUCAAGUUAUCAAUGACCGAUGGGAUCGUGAGCAAAGACUCUAGUGCAGGCUCAUCAAAAAUGUCAACAAAAUCAGCAAUUGAUGAAUCUGCUCUUCCAAUCACUGAUAAGUAUGGAGAAUCAAAUUUAUUGACUGAUACAACCUCAUCUUCCACUGUAUCAACAAAAAGUGAUAGUUGUGUGCCAAAUGAUAGUGUUUUGAAAUCAGAAGAGAUGAAAAUCAUAGCUUCAGCUUCAGAAUCUGUCAAACUGCCAAGUGACAGUCAGUUGAUGAGAGGUGAAUCUUCUGUUGGUAUGUCUGAAGAAUCUAGUCAAUUUAGUUCUAAUGAUUGUAAGGAAGAGUUGAAAGGCAGUGAGAAAUCUGGUUUGUUUGGAGGCUUGAGUAAAAUGAUUUCAGAGGCGGUUGAAGGUGUUGAGACAGCUGUCACAUCAACAGUUGAUUCAGUCUUGUCAAAAACAGCUGAACAUGUUUCCAAGCCUGUAACAUCAGAAAAGCUUGAUGAUGAAUCAGUGGAUGAAUCUUCAAAAACAGUACGCAGAAUGGUGGUGACAGCCAGUAGUGAGGAUGGUGGAAAUGAAACAGAGUUGUGUGCUGGUGGAAGUAUCUCAUUCACACCGAAAGAUACUAAAGUCAGUGAAGAUACCAAAGAUGCUUACAUUGCUACAGAUAUAAAAUAUGCCAAAGAUGAUAGAAAUACCAAAGAUGUUGAAUAUGCCAUAAAUUCUAAGGUUACCAAAAAUGAUAAAGAUAACAAAUACACCACUCAGGAAACAUCUCUAGAUGCUGGUAAGGAUGAUGCAAGUGGAAUCUCAUCUGAAUGUCAGAUAAUCACAAAAACUUUAGGGAACGAGGAUGGUGGAGUAACAACGUUGACAACUGUGAUCAAACCAUCAACAGAGGAUGUCAAAGUUAUUGAGAAAGCAAUGACAGAGCUUCCAGGAAAAUCCAGUACCCAGAAAGGAAAUGUGGAGGAUGUGUGUUUCAAGAAAAAUGUAGCAGAUGAAGUAACUAAGAAAGAACUGAUCAAUAUCUCUUCACAUGCAUUCAAACCGUUGGCUGCUGACUCCAAGUUUCUGAGUGGUGUAGUUGGUGAAUUGAAGAAGGAAGCUUUCGACAUAACAAGAAGUGGCACACCAGGAUCAGAACCAGAUUUUGAUGGUGGAAUAUCAAGCCCCCGCAGUGAUAUAAGUAGUGGACAAGCCUCUAGAGCAUUGACUGGCAGUGAGGAGCAUCUUGAUAGUCGCAGUUCGCCAGAUAGUCCUGGUUCACCAUGUUUGGCUGGUCCUUUCGGAAGUAUGACUGGAUCAAUUAUUGGCAGCUUCAAACCAUAUGCAAUGCAAUUCGGAGGAGUUGAGCAUGGUGAUGAUUACAAGAUUAGUCAGAUUCUUGAUGAUGAUGACGAUGAACACAAGUCGAUUACAGAGAUGAUUACAACAAGUGGAUUAGUAGGGAAGCAGCCUCCUGAGAAACUGGGAAGCCUGAUACCAAAGGACUCUGUAACAAAUGGUCAAAGCUCAACUAUCACAAGUGGGCAAAGCAUCAAUGUGACAGGGAAAGUGGAAGAGCCUUCUGCUAGUGGUGAGUCACCAAAGGCUAGAGAAAAAGACAGCAAAGUCAGUAGCUCAGCAACGACAUCUUCGACAUCAUCCAGUCUCCCUCAGUCUGCUGCUGAUUUGACAUCUGACCCAAUAAAAGGAUGGGGUAAGCCUUUGGGGCUACCCCCACCUCCUGAAGAGAAAAACCGCUGGUUCCCAACAUGGGAUCCAAUCGAAGAGUGGGGAAAACCCUUGGGAUUGCCCACUCCAGCUCCACCACUAGUCAAGAAAGACUCCUUGGAAGACAUGGAGACGACCUCAACCAGCAACAAGACUACACCAAAGAAAGUUGCCAAGAAGAACGCUGAGAACAAUAAGUCGGCUUCUAAUACAAAUAUGGGUAAAGAAGCAAAUACAAAAUCAAAGCGUCCGGAGUCACCAAAUAAAAGAGGCACAAACAAGGAGAACAGGAGAUCGGGAUCUUACAUUUAUGUGGACCUAAGCUAUGUGCCGCAUAAUGGCAACUCGUAUUACAGCAAUGUGGAAUUCUUCAAACGCAUCAGAGCACGUUACUAUGUGUUUAGUGGCACGGAACCGAGUCGAGAAGUGUUCAAUGCUUUGCUCGAGGCCAAACAAACCUGGGAUGACAAGGAUCUAGAAGUGACCAUCAUCCCGACAUAUGACACAGACGUGCUAGGCUACUGGGUGGCUGAGAAUGAAGAGGUGUUGGCCAAGAACAAGAUCGAUCUGUCGCCGUCUGCCAGUAGGUGCACCAUAAACCUUCAAGAUCAUGAGACCAGUUGCUCGGCGUAUCGGCUCGAAUUCUAAGCAUCACAAACAUGUUUCAAGUCAUUAGGAAACAGCAGCUUCCAUAAGAAUAUUCUGAAGCUCGAUCGCGCAAAUUUGGAAGGUG